UUAUUCGCACAUCGUCUCUCAUUCAUUCAAAAUGAUGUUCAUCGUAUUCCUAACACUAUCGGCGCUUCUCUAUUCCACCAGUGGUACUUCGGAACGACUUUUCUCGAGUGAUUUUCGAGCACCAAAUCCACCAGCAGUUCUUGCUGAAUAUCAGGCCUCAUUUGUCCAGCAUAAAUGGGAUGCAAGUGGUAUUUCACAUAUUGUUAGCGGAACCAUCUAUGCCAAUCUUAGACGACAGCGUCUGCGAAUGGAUAUAACAUAUGAUGGAGUCAUUGCUAGUUCGCUGUUCGAUUAUGAAAAUGCAAAUAUUGACGGUACGGUUCCGAAUUAUAUUUACACUUUAUCACCGACAAUUGCGUCGCCAGGAGUAUGUGCACAAUAUAAUGUCACACCAGCGUAUCCUCUGUUCCCACCGAAUAUUUUGAUAGACUCAGAUGCAGCAUUUACCGGUCUUGCUACAGAUAAUCUUUUCUACUCAGACCAACAACCUUUAUGGUCUUGGGGACUAUCAAUCGGUGGGGUCAGUGUGACAGUGUUCCUUGAUAGAAACAAUACAGCCGUACGAAUCGAUUUUUCAGCACCCGGAGGAACAUUCACAACAACUCGCCUGUUUAAUAUUAUUGCUGGUUCGCCUAAUGAUACUCUCUUCGAAUAUCCAUGCCGAUUAGAUGAUAUUAGAUGAAGGGACAGACGAGAAAUAUAUCUGCUGAUUGGCACACUAUUGUUUUAUGAUUUUAAACACGCCGAAGAAUAAAUAGUAUA